GGUUAAAAAAAAAAAUUAUCAGGUUCAAGGGCUGCAGAGAAUUCUCUGGGCAUUAGAAGCCUCCAUAGAUAGAUGGCCCUAGUCUUAAGGCUCUGGCCCUCUGAUGGGUCAGGAAGCCCAGAUUCAUGGUGCUUCACUGGCCAGGCCGAUCAUCCAAGUAUUAAUGCCGAGAAGCUGAGAUGCUUGAGCCGAAGUGGGAGAAGAAGCAGAGAGGAGGUGAGGAAGGGAAAAGUUGUACCCUGACCUGCUGAACCAGGAAAGGGCUGAGGGAAAAUGCAUCAAGCCUUCUGUGUUGGCUUUAAGUUCCAAGGCCACUAGCUGAGCCACUGGCCUUGCCUCUUCUCUAGGCCAUUCACUAACUUAGCUCCUUUAGGUUUCUCUCCCUUUUCCCUUGUUCUUUUUGGUGGAAGGAAGACAAGUAUCCUGCCGGUCGUCUUUGGGGAGGGAGGUUGGCAGGCGAUGCUGCUUGGCCUCCCUUACUACUUUGCCAUCUUGGUCGAAAACCCUCCUGUGUUGAUUAAGAAAAGAAACACUGAGAUAAAAAUGGAAAAAACAGGCAGUUGAGGGUCCCAGCAUCCAAAGAUCAUGACACUUCCCUUGUCACACAGAGAAGUGGGGACUUUGUCUUCAGGAUGUGGAUUUGUUCCUGCUCUCUCUCAAAGCCAGUGUUAGCAUUGACUGGUUUUCCUCAGAGGUUUCGUAGAGUUGCAAGGGGAUUUGUAUGUAUAAAACAAAAGGGGAGAAUAAGAUUAGGUACAACCACCAAGUCCACGAGUGAAAAGAAGCUGGAUAUUUACUGGUACGUCCUGGUCUAUGGCUCCAUUGCCCCCCCCCCCUUCCUCAGCCCAGCGAUUAGGAAGUGGCUCCCUUCCACCAUCCCUACUUCAAGCCCAUUUGCCUUCCUCCAGGAAAUGCCUGCUUCAGCCCGGAAAUAGGAAGCUUCUUUGUGGUCUGUCUGGAGUUUCUAUGGCAGCUACCCAGGUCAAACAUUAGAGCGCUGAAGCCUGGUUUGUGUCUAACAGGUCUUCUUUGUAGAGGAGUCUGGAACUCUGGCUGUGCUCCUUGGAAAGCUGGCCUUGGUGGGUUUGUGGAAGGUCAAAGUAUUGUCCCCUCUUCAGCCAGGCACCUGCCUCACCACACCCCCAGAGGAGAGGAGCUUCCCUUUGCUCUGGACACACUAAUGUCCCUAAUAGAAUGAUAGGGGAAAGUAAGACUUAGGGAGAUGGAGAGAGUAAAUGCUAGUAAAGCACCAGACACGGGUCUCAUGGUGAUUAGGGUAGUUCCAUGGUGCCUUUUUUUUAAGCCCUUGCCUUCCAGCUUAGAAUCCAUACUGUGUAUUGGCUCCAAGUCAGAAGAGUGGUAAGGGCUAGGCCAUGGGGGUCAAGUGACUUGUCCAGGGUCACUUAGCUAGGAAGUGUCUGAGGCCAGAUUUGAACCCAGGACCUCCUAUCUCUAGACCUGGCUCUCCAUCCACUGAGCUACCCCGCUGCCCCCUAUCCCGGCAGUAAUGUCUUAUGAGUACAUCUUUAUUGACCCUCUUCUUGAGUUUGGAGUCUAAUGCACUGACUUGGUUGUGCAACCUUAUGGGCAGGUUUGCAACAUGGUCAUCCAAAAAUAUUCAUACGGCAUAAUGGGUAAUAGAGCUCCAGUCCUAGAGACAGGAAGACCUGAAUUCAAAUCUGGCCUCAAACACUCUGUGACCCAGGCUAAGUCACUUAACCUUGUUGGCCUCAGUUUGCCCAUCUGUAAAAUGAACUGGAGAAGAGAAUGGCAAACCCCUCCUGUAUCAUUGCCAAGAAAACUCCAAAUGGAGUCAGAAUCAGAUAUGACUGAAAAACAACAGCAAACCAUUAUGUUCCCCACGCACGUUUUGUGCUCCAGCUGUGUGAUGAGGUUCAACACCUAAGAGAUUCAUAGAGAUGCCCUCCAUUUCUAUAUCCACAGUUUCAUCAGUCCCUUGAGUGCAGGAAGAUGACUGCUUCCCUGGUCUGUUUGCUACACAACGGUGGCAAUAGCCUUUCCCCCAUACCAGUUAGCCAUUCAAAAAAGACUCCUCCAUUACUGCCUUCACCACAGGAAUCAUCAUUCAUCUGCAGUGGCCUCCCCAUUUCUAAGAGCCAGAUGGUCAGAUUACAGGAAGACCAAGGGGUAAAUCUGACCUUUGACACUUGCUAGCUUGGGUGACCCUGGGCAAGUCACUGUUGACCUCAGUUCCUCCUCUAUAAAAUGGGGACACCCUGGAGAAAGAAAUGACCAACCUGACAGACCAGAACAUACCUGUUGCUUUGUCUUCAUAUUCUCCAAAGCCAAGGCAUCACAGCAUGUAUAGGUUCUGUCUCCCUGUGCUUUGUAAGGGCUUUGGAGCAGGGGAAAGACCCCAACUGGUGGCAUGAAAAGUCAGACAACUGAACACUAAAACGUUCCGUGACUGGGUCUGGUCCCGCGACCACGUGUGAAUAGGAACCGCUCUGGUUUCCUAACUGGAAGCGGGGGUGGAGAGAGCAUUCAGAAGGCAUGCGUUGUCUUCAGGCUGGCUGUUCUCAUGACACCUUCCUACCCAGUGCUGCCUCACCGAACCUAUGGGAGGCUGACAGGGGCCUUGGGGCUCUGCUCUUCCUUUGUGCUUUCCUUAGAGAUGAGUAAGAUUGGAUUCUCUGGCCUUUUGAGUUUUGAAAGUAGAGUUGGGGCCCUGAAGAGGACAAGGGCUCAUCCAGUAGCAAUGCCCCUCAUCCCCAUUCCCGAAGUGAAGUUGGUGGGUCCAACCUCAUUGAAAUUGGGCAAGACAAUGCCCUUUCCCCAGGGUCUAAAGGAGAGUAUGUGGGGACGGGGGAGGUGUUGUGCUUCUGUAAUUGCUGCACUAUUAAAUACUCUUUCGUAAAAGCUUUGUUGGUCAGAUCUUGGUAAAGAUACUGGUUUGCCAUUUUCUUCAAUGUAUCCCCAUUUUACAGAGGAGGAACUGAGGUAGUCACUCGCCCAGGGUCACACAAGCCAGCCGAGGUCUAAGAUCCGGUUUGCACUUGGGUCUUCCUGACUCCAGGCCUGAUGCUCUAUCCAUUAAACCACCCGGUACCAGGGCAGUCAUCCCGGAUGGGGGAAUGGAAUGGGAUCCUUUAACCCCUCGAGAGUACUAGUAGAGGAAGAGCUAACCAGCCUCGUCCAGGAGAGAAUGAGGCCGGAGCGCUUGGUCAAACCCCCUCUGUCCACGUCCUGAUUUUUCCCAUUUGCGGUUAUGUAGUAAAUGGUACAGUGAAUAGAGAUAGGAGCCUGGAGUCAUCGGGCUUUGAGGGCUGAAAUGGAUUUCAGAGUGUGCCCCGGACACUUAGAAACUAGGUGCACCUGGGCAAGUCAUUUCAUCUGUUUUGUUCAGCUGUAAAAUGGGGAGCGAUAGCUGUCCCGAUCUUGCAGGCUUGUCGUGAGGAUCAAAUGAGAUAGUGCUGGUAAAGUACCUCGCCCGGGUGCUCCUGAAGGGCUUGUUCCCUUUCCCUCCGCCCAUGGUCUAUUUUAGCCCCGCCUCUUCCUUUUGGAGUCGCUAGCUAAAUCAUUUUUGCCUUGAACGAUUUCCUGCAGCGAGUGUUAUCCAGCUGAAGGUAAAGAGACUCCCGGGUCCUCGGUCGCUGCAGCCCGGCUCCGUAGGCUUUUGCUGCCCUUUCCCUCGCUCUUCCUGGAGGAGGAGGUGGGGUUUCACUCCCCUGGCUUUUAUUUUUUAACACUGUGCCUUGAUCUAAAGAUCCAGUCACUGUGUAACGAGACUAUUCAUCUACGUGAGCCCCCAAAUGUCCCUCAUAGGCUGCUAAGAGACCCCGGGGGAUCCUGAGGAAUCGAAGGAGAUAAAGGAUCGCUCGUCCCACCGAUGCCUCGGACCGGCUGCUUAUUGGCUGGAGCCGGGCUGUCAAACAGAGUGCUUUGUGCUGAUUGGUUUUGCUCUCUAGCCGGCGGGGAGAGUUCAGUGGAAGAGGCAAGGGACGGCUUCUGGGUACAGACAGGGAAAAUGAAAAACGACGCCGAAGUGCUUUGGAGCCCAGGGCCCUGCUGGGAGUGUCCGGGGGUAUUGGUGGGGUGGCAAGGGACCGGGACGGUGGAGAAAGGGGGAGAGACGCGCUGGUCUUCCCAAGCCGCACCGUGCGGGACAUGCGCAGAAGCUUCCCCUGGCUUCAGGACCACAUUUCCCACAAGCCCAAGCGAAGCGCUAGGUCUGUCGGCCUAGGCCUGGGGCUGUGGAGACAUAGCAACAACUACCACUGGUACCUUGGAGAGCUACCAGAAGGAAGAGUACGCGGGAGAUUGCCAUUUCUUUUCAUCCAGUCUCCUUUAGGCACUUAGCGACCUGCCAUUCCCUGAUCUGCCUCCUGGGAACUCUGUUGUUUUCUACAAGGAGAAGGGAAUGGUCCCGUUUGGCCCUCCAGUCAGCUUUCAGGAUGUAGCUGUGGAGUUCACCCAGGAGGAAUGGAGGCAGCUGGACCCUGCACAGAGGAACUUGUUCAAGGAUGUGAUGCUGGAGAACUACAGCAACCUUGUCUCUCUGGGACUUGCUGUUCACAAGCCAUGCAUUAUCUUCCAUCUGGAGAAAGGAGGAGCCCCAUGGAUUCCAGAGAGAGCAGUCCCAGAAGGCACCUUUCCAGCACAGAGAAUGAUGAACAUUUAAACUCCCCCCCCCCCCUUCAUUUAGAGUACCUUAAUACAGAGAUUAGCUGUGAAACAACAGAGGAAAUUCCAAAACUGAACAUUUCUGUGGGAGAGUCAUCCAAUGAAAGAUUCAAGGAGAAUCCCAAGGACUUCAAGUUAGUAGAAACCCAGCAAUGUGCUGUUAGAUUAGAGCAACAGCAGAGCAACAAUGAAAAACAAUGCCAGCAAGUGAUAAUCAUCUGCAGGAAAACAUCUACUAAGUUUAUUGCCAACAAAUGUAAUGUAGUUGAGAAAGAAUUCCAUGUGGGGUCAGAUUCAUUUCCAAAACAAAGAAUUUAUAGAAAGAAAAGUCUACACAAACAUGAUACACAUGGAAAGAACUUUACACAUCAUUCAGAUGAAAGUAAGCAUGAAAGACUCUUUUCUAAGAAGAAACUCAGCAACUAUAAUAAAUUCAGCAAACCAUUCCAUUACCAUUCACAACUUAUGCAGUGUUAUAGAAAAUAUAAUGAAGAAAAAGCAUCUGAAUCUUAUGAGUGUGGGAAAAUCUUCAGCAAUAGGUUAUCCCUUACAAUUCAUACUACAGAGAAAUUUUUUAAGUGUAAUGAAUGUGGGAGAGCCUUUAGCAGUAAAUCUAGUCUUAUUUUAUUUCAAAGAAUUCAUUCUGGAGAGGAAUUUUUCAAAUGUAAUGAAUGUAUGAAAUCCUAUAAAAGGAAUAGAUCCCUUAUUAAAUCUAAAAGAUUUCAAAUUGAAGAGAAAAGUUUUGAAUGUAGUGAAUGUGGAAAAUCUUUCUGUCAUUUCAGAAACCUUGACAAACAUAAGUGCAUUCAUAGUAGAGAGAAAACUUUGGAAUGUAUUGUGUGUGGAAAAUAUUGUAGAAACCUUAACAGACAUAAAAUAAUUCAUGCUGGAACGAAAUCCUUUGAAUGUAAUGAAUUUGGAAAAUCCCUUAGUCAUUAUAGAAGCCUUUACAGACACAAGAAAAUUCAUAAAGAGAAAAUCUUUGAAUGUCGUGAGUGUGGGAAAUACUUUAAUCAUGGCAAAAAACUUGACAAACAUAGAAGAGUUCAUACUGGAGAGAAAUCCUUUGAAUGUAGUGAAUGUGGGAAAUCCUUUAGCUAUAGGACUCUGCUUACUCAUCAUUACAGAAUUCACACAGGAGAGAAACCCUUUAAAUGUAAUGAAUGUGGGAAAUCCUUUAGAGGGCAGGGACACUUGAAUAGACAUAAGAUAAUUCACACUGGAGAGAAAUCCUUUGAAUGUAAUGAAUGUGGAGAAUCCUUUAGGAGGAGUGAAUCCCUUAAUAAUCAUAAGAAAAUUCAUACUGGAGAAAAACCCUUUAAAUGUAAUGAAUGUGGAGAAUCCUUUAGAAGGAAUGAAUAUCUUACAAAACACAAGAGAAUUCAUACUGGAGAGAAACCCUUUAAAUGUAAAGACUGUGGGAGAUAUUUUAGAAGAAGUGAAUCUCUUACCAAACAUAAGCGAAUUCACACUGGAGAGAAACCUUUCAAAUGUGAUGACUGUGGGAAAUACUUUAGAAGGAGUGACUCUCUUAUUACACAUAAGAGAAUUCAUACCGGAGAGAAACCUUUCAAAUGUAGUGAGUGUGGGAAAUCCUUUAAACAGUAUGGAAACCUUAGCAGCCAUAGGAGAAUUCACAGUGGAGAGAAGCCCUUUGAAUGUAGUGACUGUGGAAAGUCCUUUCAUCAGUGUGGAGAUCUUAUCAAACAUAAGAGGUUUCAUAGAGCAGAGAAAUCACUUAAAUGUAGUGAAUACAAGGAAUCUUUUCACCAUCGCGAAGACCUUGAUGGACAUAAGAGAAAACAUUGGAGAGAAACUCUUUGAAUGUAAUGAAUGUGGGAAAACCUUUAGAAGAAUUGUAUCUCUUACUAGACAUAAGAGAAUCCAUACUGGAUAGAAACCUUUUGUAUGUGAUGAUUGCAGGAAAUCCUAUAAAUGAAUAUCUCUGAUAAAUAUCUGAUAUAAAAGUCUUAUAAUAAUGAACUGAUGUAGCAAAUUGAUAAUGAAUUGAUAAAAAACAAAUUCUUUCCCUUUUUAUUAUAGUGAUUGAAAGAUGUUAACAGUGUUUGCAAAAGAUUUGCAAACUAACAUCAGACAUGUGAAAGAGUGUUUCAGAUCACGAAUAAGAGAAACCCACAAGAAGACAACUGAGAUUUCAUCUCAUAUCGAUAAGAUUGGCAAAGAUGACAAAAGACAAAAUGAUAGAUUUUGAAGAGCUUUAGGAAUACAGGCACAUUACACAUGGUCAGCAGAGCUGUGAAUUGAUCCAGCCAUUCUGAGGAAACCAUUUAGAAUUCUAUUUUUAAAAAUCACUUAAGUAAGUACCAUUUGGUUUGGUAAUAUUACUAGGAGAUGAGAAAGAAGGAAAGCAUUGCAUAUGUCAGACAUUUUUAUCUUUUGGUAUGCUUUAUUUUAUGUGACCUUUUGGAAAGGGAAGAGAGCAAUACAGUAGGAAAUGUGUGUGAUGUAGAAAUAAAAUAAUAAAAAAUUUUAGAGGCAGAAAGGCUCUAUUUUAUAAAAACAUUUAUAGAAAAACUACUAAUAAAAAAUGAAAACAAAUUGAUUGGGGAAUAACUGUCAUAUAGCAAUUACUGAUAUAAAGAGUUCAUGGAAAUAUGAUAAGGGAGGAAAUAAUAUGCAAAAAGGUUAUACAUAUGAAAUACAUACAGUCUAAAUGGAAGAGAAUUGCAGAUGGAGGGUACUAACUAGAGGAAGGGUGAGGAGAAGAUGAAAAAGGCCUCCUGUAGAAAAGGUAUGGACAAGAUAUAUACUGAAUAAAGGCCUAGAGGAGAGAGGUUAAAUUACUUGUUUAUUGAGGUUACCACUAAGUGUUUUAGGGCAACACUUGAACUCAUGCCUUCUUGACUUUAAGUCCAGCUCUUUAUCCACUAUUCUAAAAUCCCCUUCUAGAUAAUUCAUAUUGUAUUUUUGUAUGUAUUUAAAAGUGCAAAAUCAACUUUAGACAUGGAAAACUUGGUAGAUGUAAGAGAAUUAUACUGCAGAGAAAGCUCACUUCACUCUCAUAAGUCAUACUUUUUAAAAAUUUAUCAAUUCUAAAUGUCAAUUCUAAGGCAUAAAAGUGGUUAGGUCUAUGCCAUUGGGUUUAAGUGACUUGUCUAAAAGCUAGGAAGUGUCUGAGGCCAGAUUUGAAGCCAGGUUCUCCUGACUGCAGACCCGGCUCUCCAGAGAGCCCCCCCUGCAAUCAUUCCUUCUUAAUCUUCAGGUUUUCAUUCUCUGCUACAAAUACUUCCUAGUCUAUUCCAUCCUUUUAAGUAACCUUUCUAUAUCCUACUAUCCUGUCAAGCUACCAUUCCACACCUCCUCCUGUCCUCAGUCACACUCCUGGCUGGAAUUGUCCAUACAACACCUCCAUUUCUUCCCCAUUCACUUCUCAACCCUUUUCUAUCAGACUUUUAGCUUCAUUACCCAUCUGAAAUUGCUCUCUAUAAAUUUAAGGAUAAAAUGAUCACAUUAAAAUAUAGGAAGAAGAUAUAGAAAUCUAUCAUCAGGGGCCAUAGAGGGCUUAGGAGAUAUUAUGUCUUGAUAUAUUAAAAGAAUGGAAAGUUAGAGGAAGAGGAAAGGGGAGAGGAAGGAUGGGGGAAACUAUCGCUUAAAAAGAAGUUUCUACAAAUAAGAAGGUAGUGAUGGGGAGAGUGGGAAACACUUGAACCUCAUCCUCUGACCUGGUCAAAGGAGAAAAGAAUACAUUCCUAGUUGGGUAGGAAAAGACAUUUUACUUAACAAAGAAAUAAGAGGGGAGAAGAAGUGGGGAUGGGAUAAAAUGGUCAUAAACCAAACAAAUUCUCAAAUAGGAAGCAGGAUAUCAGGGGGUUCAUAAAAGAGAAUUAGAUGGACAAUACACAGUUAACAAUCAUAAUUGAAUAUGAAUGAGAUGACUUCACCUAUAAAAGAGAAAAGUGUAACAGAGCAGAUUAGAAACCAGAAUCCAACAAUAUAUUGUUUAUAAGAAUUAGAAACUUAAAACAAAUCGAUGCACACAUAUUUAAAAAUAAGAGUCUACAUUUAUUUUUGGACAAAAGGAGAGGGCCUAGUAGACAGACUAGGCAAGGGAGAAUCAGAAACAGUGGAACUCCACAAACCAGGAUUUGAUAGAAUGGAAAUCAGAUUUCCUAGGAAAAAACUCCUUAUUUGAUUUUUUUUAAACUACACAGAAAUUAUGCCAUACCUUAUACUAUAUCAUAUAUAUGUGUAUAUAUAUACACACACACAAUGCCUUAUACUAUAUUCUAUAAUACAUUCUAAGGAAAUAUGAAAAUUAUGAAAAUAAGGAAAUCAUUAAUAAGUAUCAGACUAUUUUUAAAAAUAGAAGAAAACAUUAUAUACCCCUCACAGCUAUAGGUAGGUGUAUUCUUUUUUAAAUUAUUUUAUUUUUCUCCAAUUACAUGUAAAAACAAUUUUUAAUAUUCACUUUUUUUAAAAACCCUUACCUUCUGUCUUAGAAUCAAAACUAAAUAUUGAUUCCAAGGCAGAAUAGUGAUAAGGGCUAGACAAUGAGGGUUAAGUGACUUGCCCAGGAUCAUACAGUUAGGAAGCUUCCAAGACUGGAAUAUUCAUGUUUUUAAAAAUGUUGAGACCCAAAUUCUCUCCUUCUUUCCCUUUCUUUUUCCUCACUGAGAAGGUAAAAAAAAAAAAAUCUGAAAUAGAUUCUACAUGUGCAACCAUGUAAAACAUUUUUCCAUAUCAGUCUUUUUGUGGAAGAAAACAUGAACAAAAAACAGCAAAAAAAGUGCUUUGGUCUGGAUUCAGACUCCAGCAGUUCCUUCUCUAGACAGAUGGCAUUUUUCAUCAUGAGCCUCACGGUAUUGCCUUGGAUCAGUGUAUUGCUAAGAAUAGCUAAGUCAUUCACAAUUGUUCAUCAUACAAUGUUGCUGUUACUGUGUACAGCCUUCUAGGAGAUACAUUCUUAAAUGAGAGAUAAAGGCAAUGACAGGAAAAAUGGAUAGCUGAUUAAACAGGAAACUCAGAAGCUUCUGCAUAGACAAAAUGCACCCAGGAUAAGAAGGGAAAUGGAAAAACCCCCAAACCUAUCACAUUUGUCUGACAAGGCUUUGGCAGCCAAGAUAUAGAAAUGACACACAGAUAUGUGUAUAUUACACAUGGGAUUGAAUGAAUUCUGUAUCAUUUUCUUAUUGAUCCUAUGAACAAUUAACUGCUUUUGUUCUAUAAUGGUACGUCAUGGGGCUCUGUCUGAAGCUGGUAUGGAAUUCAGCUGGUUUGUAAUGGGUUAAGUUUAAAAGUCCAGCUCUCCUGCCAACCAGUGAUCUAUUCCUGCUUCCAGGAAUUCAGCUGACCUCAGGGGGAUUCCUGUGAACCCCAGGGAGUUGGCUCCACUAUCUUUACAACACCAAGCCAUCUUCUGGUUUGUUAUCUUGAUUCUGGACUCAAACAAUGAGCCCUUCUUAGGCAUGGGGAAAGGGAGGGAGUUGUUCCUAGUUGCUAUUACCAAACUUCCAAGCAAUCAGCUUGUUCCUGAACUUCAGUUCUGUAACUGUGUUGUCUUCAAUCCAAAGAUAUCAUCUACCCUGAUCUGUUCUUUGUUCUGUACUCCCCAGAACCUAUAAAAAGGGACUGUCCUUUUGCUUAGAGUCUCCAGCAUAAAUGGAAUCAAGCCAAUGAUUCGUUUAUUCACAACUGUACACAUUACUGUUAAUAAAUGUUAUCUUGCUCAGA